AUGGCGAAAGGAGGUGAAUGCCUUGCAGAUGAGGUGUUUGCACAAAUGCUUGUGUCAAAAGGGUAUAGCAACAUUGUUUGGGAUCCUUAUACUUGUAAGAGCCACAAGUGCCUCAUUGAGAGGAAGAACAAUAAAGGAUACUGUAAAGAUUGCUUUGAUCUGCAAGAAAGGGAAAAGGGUAGGUGGAUCUUUGAUGAUGGUGGACUUGAUUUUGGGAUAGACCGAGUUCUUGGGACGAAAAGAUCCGCCAGCACGAUCAGUAUCGGACUUGACAUUGGUGGUGGAACAGGAACAUUUGCUGCAAGGAUGAAAGAAAGGAAUGUGACAAUCAUCACAAGCACACUGGAUUUGGACGGUCCAUUCAGCAACUUCAUUGCAUCAAGGAGAUUGAUUCCAAUUCAUCUCAGCAUAUCUCAGAGGCUUCUAUUCUUUGAGAACACACUUGAUAUUGUUCAUUUCAUGGAAUUCAUAGGGAAUUGGUUGCCAGAGACUAUGCUUGAGUUUUUGCUAUAUGAUGUGUAUAGGGUGUUGAGGCCUGGGGGAAUUUUUUGGCUUGAACAUUUCUUCUGCUUUGGAUCACAGGUUAAUGGAACUUAUUUGCCAAUGUUUGAUAGAGUUGGGUUCAACAGACUUAGAUGGCACGCUGGUAGGAAGCUUGAUCAUGAUGGGAUUCAGAAGAAUGAAUGGUACAUUUCAGCAUUGUUGGAAAAACCAGUGAUCUAA